GGACAAACGAGCGAACACCCCAGUGAUGUCAGUCCUUAACGUGGCUGAAUAAAGACAUCUUCUUGUCUGCGUUUGAGAGAGGCAGCAGGGCACCGAGCCGAGGCUCCGUGGUGCUGAAAGGACAGCUCCUCCGCUCUCUGACAGCUGCAGAUAUGUUCACUAGAAUGUUAAAGCUGAGACUGCUUAAUGUCGUAGCACCUGCAUACUUCUCUGUGGCCACAGCAGUCACGUUUAUUUUGCACUUCUGCCUCUUCAUCCCAACAAUCUUCCCCAAUCCGGACACAUCGCUGAGGAGCUCCACAACCCUUCACAUAGCUGCUUUCCUUUUCCUGAUGUUUAACGCAUUAGGGAAUUACAUAAUGACUAUUAAAUAUCCGGCUGAAAGUGCCAACGAGACAGCGAUUCCGGUGUGUUCACCACACUGCUCUGACAAAGUGGAUGCUCACUACCUCCUUAAUGGCCGUCACUUCUGCAAACUUUGCAGGAAGGUUAUUUUCAGGAGGGAUCACCACUGUUUUUUUACUGGAAACUGCAUUGGCAACAAGAAUAUGCGCUACUUCAUCAUGUUCUGCAUCUACACAUCAUGCACAUGCAUGUACUCUUUGGUUCUUGGCGUGGCCUUCCUGACAGUCGAAUACUCCAUCUCCUUUGAGAACCCACUGACCUUCCUGACCCUCCUCCCUUUCUCCACUGGUUACUUCUUCAUGGGCACAAUCUCUGGCCUGCAGCUGUUCUUGGUGCUGAUGCUUUAUGUGUGGCUGGGCAUCGGCUUGGUGUGUGCAGGUUUCUGUUGCCAGCAGGUGCUGCUGGUGGCCCGGGGGCAGACCUGGUGUCAGAUGCAGAGGGGGGAACUGGUGGAGAAUCGCAGCCCCUGGAGAGCAAACCUCAAGGAUGUUUUUGGCGCCCGCUGGAUCCUUGGCCUUAUUUUGCCUGUGCAAACUGUGGAGACCAACUCUGAAGACACAGAUGCACUUAAGCAAGACUAACAGAUAACUAUUUGUCACAAUAAGAGCCUCCCUUAGGCCAAAUAAGCAGCUCUCCUUAUAGAAAAUUAUUGUUCGGCAUCUGCUGUAGGCGGAAAUUAAUUUUUAAUCUGUAUGUUUUAUAUUUACAAUGUAGUAAGAUAGAUGGUAGCCUAAUCCUCUUCAAGACAGGAGCCAUACAAGCAAUGUGAAAUGAGUGCUUAGUAUGCAUGUUUAUUCUUAAAGAAGCAUUUCUAAAGGCAAUACUAGAAAAAAAUAAGUUAUCCUAUACCUUCCUUUCUAGUCAGGAAAACCAAUCAUCAUCCAAUCAUUAAUUUUACUAUACAGCAACCUCCACACAUAUCUAUAACCCUGGUAACGAUGUGUAAAUAAAGCCUUAAAAUAAAUUCAGCUUUUAUUGCAACAACAUAGUCUCAUACUGAAGAAUUAAGAAAAAUGCAUCAUCUCCUGAGAACCAUUCCUCUUUGAACAGCAUUUCCAUCAACCAUUUCCUUAUAGCCACUUCCUGACUGAUGAAUAUCAAACCACCUCUGCCUUACUUAAAUGGCAUAUUUUCUUGUAGGUAAGAGAAAUGAUAUUUUCACCCCACAGAAACAGGAAGUGAUAAUUACUAAAUAUUCCUGACAUUGAAAAACUUUUAAAAGCAAAACAUUCAUUUAAAUUAAAACUAGACUUCUGUUGCAUUUAUUUAAUGGAAUUUUUAAUGGAAUAAUGUGAGAAAAAGUGUGACAUCUGUGAUUUUGCUAAUUAUAUACACACAGCUCAUAAUGGGAUUUUAUUUUCCAGCUACAUACAUGAUCUCCCUUUAGUUGUAUUUUGUAACAUUUUUAAUUUACUGCAAUAAAAUAUUAACUUCU